UCUGUUGUGUGAUGUCUUUGUCAGUCAAUGGUAGACAUAGUUUAUCACAUGUUUUCUCUCUUUCUCUGUAUUAUUGGAUUAGUUCAUCGCUACUGAAGACAACAACGCCAACCACUUCUUAUUUUUCUUCUUAAGACAAUCCACAGACACACUGAAGAAGUAGUAGUAGAAGACAACCAUUUCUUCUUCUUCAACAACAAUCAGAAGACUAUCAGAAGAUUGUCUGUCGUCUUCUGUCAGUCAUAUAUAUAUCGCAAAGACUUUUCAAGAUUUUUCAAGACAUCUGAAGUGUUUUGUUUGUGUAUUGAAGAGCCGCCGAUUGUCUUCAAAGGAGACAGUCGGUCGUCUUCGGGCCAACAAUUUUCACCAAAUGUAUCAUUAAUGGUGAUAUGACACCACCACUACCGGCGACGCCGCCGCCGAUACCAUCACCACUGCCGACGCCGACUACACUGUUGGGGGACAACUAAUUAACAACAACAACAACUACCGGGACAUUAUUAGGACACAAUGAGCUACAGUAUUGUGGUCAUCAUUGCCGUUAUCUGGUUGGUCAUCAAUCUGGUCAAUGUUGUCAUGAAAUCGUGGCGUCCGUACGAAUUUCAGCACAGCCUACAAACCAUCGGACUAACCGUACGGCCCGUACAGAUCAUGUUUCAGACACAGUCCAUGAAUCGGCUGUUCUUUGUCCUAAGCAAUUGCCGACCAAAAUUGAUCAACAAAUGGUAUGCAAUCGGUUCGUUGGUCACCCUUAUGGCAAUCGUACCGUCCAUUUAUCUGCUAAUGCAAACCCUUUAUACACUACUUUUGGCCAACUAUUUCAAUGGUAACCGUGUGGUCGCCAAAUCUCAGGCAUUAUAUCCAGUGAUUCCUGGCGUCAAUCUACCGAUGUCCGACUUUGUCUACUAUUUUCUAUCGCUGGCCAUCAGCUGCAUCUAUCACGAAGCCGGCCACGCGGUGGCCGCCUUACGCGAAGGUGUCCGUAUGCAUAGUUUCGGACUGUUUAUGUUUAUCAUAAUACCCGGCGCUUUUGUCAACCUAUCCACCGAACAGGUACUGAAUUUGAAUGUCUGGAAUCAAUUGAAAAUAUUUACGGCCGGCGUCUGGAAUAAUAUAACACUGGCCGCUAUGGCCAUCGGUUUACUAGUAAUCAAUCCGUACGUAUUGAGUCCAUUGUAUACACAGCCGAACAACGGUGUAGUUGUUGCCUAUAUUGAACCGAUGUCGGGCGCUGCCGGUCCUAACGGUCUCAGACGGGCCGAUCUGAUUACCGGUGUCGACGACUGUCACAUACUGGACAUAACCUAUUGGAAACAAUGUCUACUGUCCAUUGCCAACAAUCCACGCGACGGCUACUGUAUUGAUGAAGAGUUUAUCAAAAAAGAGUCGUUAACUUAUAGUGGCAGUGGAAAGUCGGCGGCGCCAGUGGCCACCAAUGGCCAACGCAAUGGUGGUGGUGGUAGUCAUCAUCAUCAUCAGCAACAGUGUUGUGAUAUAAAUAGUGAAAAUAGUUUAUGUUUUUACACUAGAGAUGAUAAUAACUAUUCAUCAGCAUUGGACAGUACCAUUGGUGGUAGUCGUCGUUUUAUUUGUCUACCAGUGCGCCAACUAUUGGACACUAGUCCUACAACAUGCAAUACAAGUGCCGAUUGUUUGCGCGGCGGCAACAGUUUGGACACUAGUAGACAACAGGAGUCAUUAUCCCAUCAUAAUCAUCAACAACAACAGCAACCAGUUGUCAACAACAAUAACUAUUACCAUCACCAAUGUGUACGACCCGUCGGCGACUAUAACAGUACAAAAUUGAUACGUAUCCGACGCCAGGGUCGGCCGAACGUAUUGUUUUGGGGAUCGCCCUCAGAGUUAUACCAAUCAAUUAUUUUAGUCAAAUACAAACCAAAGCUGACAACACUACCCCUGCUUGUGAUCCAUUACUACGAAACAUUGUUGAGGUAUAUAAUCUCAUUUUCGCUGGCACUGGCCGUUUUCAAUGUAGUUCCCUGUAUCUAUUUGGAUGGCCAAUGGAUACUGAAUGCCUUUAUUGAACUAAUAUUAGCCAAUCGUGUGAAUCAAUAUACUAAACGAUUGGUUUCAAAUGUGAUAAUCAGUUUCGGUACACUAUUGCUGUCCAGUUGUGUGAUUAUCGGUUUGUAUCAACUGUUGGACACUUGAUAUACAGUAUA